CGGCAUUUGACGUGUCUCCGUCAACACAACAAUGGCGGAUGCCGUGGAGGAAGCUCUUCAGGGCAGCUGGGCCCAGGAUCUGGCCGAGGCUCUGGAUUCUGGCGGCUCCGAUAUGGAGAUGGAGCGAAGUAUUGUCCAGGUCCAGGAGCAGUCAGCUCAACACCGGGCUAAGAUGUGGAAGAUCGCUUUAAAUGUUUCUGGAAAAGGUGACAGUCUUUCACCAUGGGAUGGUGUUCUAGAUUUGCCCGAACAAACCCUCAUUCACAACCGCAGUCAACAACUGAUCGACCAGCUGGGCGUGUCAGAGGAGGAGAGGAGUGACAUGGUGUCUGAUGUGGAAGCAGUCAUCACUUUCUACUGUAAGUCCAGAAACAUUUCGUUCACACCAGAGCUCAGCUGGCCGCACCUCCUCAAACCGCUGCUGGGCCUCCAGCUCCCCCGCAGCGACCUCUACAACUGCUUCUACGCUAUCAUGAACAAAUACAUCCCCAGAGACUGUGUGCCAAACGGCCGACCAUUCCACCUGUACAGACUCCUGCUGCAGUACCAUGAGCCCGAGCUCUGCUCCUUCUUAGACACCAAAAAGAUCACACCGGACUCCUACGCCAUCAACUGGCUGGGCAGUCUGUUUUCCAGUCACUGCCUUUCUGAUGUGACACAGGCCUUGUGGGAUUUCUACCUCCAACAGGCAGACCCCUUCCUCAUCUUCUUUCUCAUGCUCAUCAUCCUCGUCAAUGCCAAAGAGACCAUCCUUUCACAGGAAGGAGACAGCAAAGAAGACAUCAUCAAGAAUCUAGAAUCAUCUCCAUCUCUCCUGGAGGCGGAGGACAUUGAAGAUCUGUUUUCUCUGGCUCAGUACUACCAGAGCAAGACUCCGUUGUCUCUCAGAAAGAUGAACCAGAAUCUGUUUGGCAGCAGCCUGGUGGCUCUCAAAGAAGAAGACACUGACCUGAGUCAGGCUCUGUGUCUGCCCGUGUCUGUGCCUGAAAUUCUGCAGGCCAACCAGCUGCAGCAGGAUGGGGUGCGUUUCUUUGUGGUGGAUUGUCGGCCUGCAGAGCAGUACAAUGCAGGGCACCUCUCCACAGCCUUCCACCUCGACUCUGACCUGAUGCUUCAGAACCCUUCAGAGUUUGCUCUCUCUGUGAAAUCACUCCUGGAGGCUCAGAAACAGUCUCUGGAGUCUGGCUCCAUUGCCAGCGGAGAACAUCUGUGCUUCAUGGGCAGUGGGAGGGAGGAGGAGGACAUGUACAUGAAUAUGGUGCUGGCACAUUUUCUGCAGAAAAACAAAGAAUACGUCAGUAUUGCUAAAGGUGGCUUCAUGGCACUCCAGAAGCAUCUGGUAGACAUGAACGUUGAAGGUCUGGACUCUUCGUACCUCCACUGGAUUGUCAGUACAUCAGGAUCUCACAACAGCCUCAGCUCUGCUGAUGGAGACUCACUAAGUGGCCCAGGAGACAGCAAAGGAGUCAAAUCUCUGGUCAACAAAAUGACAUUUGCUCUUAAGUCGAAGUCGGUGAAUGUGAAAGAGAAGAUGAUCAGCUUCAUCGAGAACACCUCCACACCAGUAGAAAGAAUAUCUUUCAAUCUGCCCUGGCCUGAGAAGGUGAUCCCUGAUCGGCACGUGAGCAGCAGCGACCGUGUUGGCAAACCUUACCGAGGAGUGAAGCCCGUUUUCAGUAUCGGUGAUGAGGAGGAGUAUGAUACAGAUGAGAUCGACAGCUCGUCCAUGUCAGACGAUGACAGGAAGGAGAUCGUCAACAUUCAGACCUGGAUAAACAAACCAGACGUCAAACAUCACAUUCCAUGUAACGAGGUGAAAGAAACUGGUCACAUGUUCCCCAGCCACUUGUUGAUCACAGCGACUCACAUGUACAGCCUGCGGGAGAUCGCUUCAAGGAAAGGCUUCGCUUAUAUCCAGUCAAGACAAGCGCUGAACUCUGUGGUGAAGAUCACGUCCAAAAAGAAACAUCCAGAACUGAUCACAUUCAAGUUUGGAAGCAACAACUCUGCUGGAGUCGAGAUAUCAGCUGUUGAAAGGUAUUUGAUACCCAAUGCGGGAGACGCCACCAAGGUCAUCAAGCAGCAGAUCAUGAAAGUCCUCGACGCUCUGGAAAGCUCAUAAAGAGAGACAGCCGGGGUCGAGGCCAACUGCCGUUCUAAAACUGAGAAGAGGGGUCUGUGUCUAACAGGAGUAAAACUUUCCCGCUCUUCCUCUCGCACAGAUCCUGAACCCUGAGCAGCGAUGACCGUGGAUCUCUCUGUCUUUGUUUGGGACAUGUGGCCACACGGCUGACCUGGCUGCAGGCCUGAGGGCCGGGCCGUGUGGUGAAAUACUUCGGUGCUCCGCUGUCGUCAAGCUGUUAAUUAAUCUUGAUUAUACUCUAAGUUUGUCUUCAUUACUGAUUUAAAAAUCUUACUCCAGUGCAAUUUCUCGUUGGCGACUUUUCCUCUGGCCUUAACGUAGCGCACUGACCAACCUGUUCACAUGACUGACCCUUUCCUUUGAGCGCCUCUGUUCUAACCCCUGUUUUCUGCAGGAGCAGCCUGGAUUUGUUUUACAUUUCUAGAUUAAGAACACAGUUAACUGAUCAUGUUAGAGAGGGAGGAAGUAAGAUUUCAACCACCACAACUGUUUUUAAACUUGAUCUCCCAGCAGGCAGCCUUAAAUAGGAGUGUUUAUAUAUAUUAAUGUAUAUAUUGUUGUAAACUGCUCUAUAUCAGCACAGCAUCCUUUCUCAAGCAUAUCCUCCUUAUGCAGUAAAACUUAAACUGGU